GGGAAGCAUAAACAUCCAUCCUCUACUUAACUUGGUUCGAAGCAAGUUGAAUGAAAACUCCUAAGUACUUAGCCACAAUGAUUCUGAAAUCGGUAGUAUGCGUAAUUCAUAUUAUCACGAUCAUAUUGGUGAUUAUAAUAUGGCCCAUGCAAGUAGAGGUAUGUGCACAAGAAGAUUCAACAACGUGGCCUAUAGCAAAGCCUGGGUGUGAUUCGGGGUGUGGAGAUGUUCCCAUUCCUUAUCCGUUUGGAAUGAACCGUUCGGAAUGCUAUGCAGGAAAAUGGUUUGAAAUAGAAUGCAGAAACAGUACUAGACCUUACCUCAAGUCUAUAGGAUUAGGAGUGGAGGUGUUAUCCAUUGAUGUGAAUGAAGGCACAGUUGAUAUCAACAAUCCGAUUUACCGCAGUAACAACUGUGGAACAAGAACAACCAAACAUCCUGCGGUCAACAACAUAUCGCUGGAAGGAAGCCCUUUCGUGUAUUCCCAGAGAAAUAACAAAUUUGUUGCCGCAGGUUGCAAUAACAUUGCUUUUCUGAAGGGAAAAGGGUCUGCAGUAAGUGGCUGUGUGUCCAUCUGCGACAACGACGAUGAUGUCGGGAACACCAACCUUGGAAGAAUCGAAUGCAAUGGCGAGUCCUGCUGUGAGAAUUCCCUGCCCAUGUAUCUUUCGGAAUAUACCCCAGAGAUCAAAGGUUUAAAUGAGAAUAAAAAAGGUAACCACUGCAGUUAUGCCAUGAUUGUAAAAAAUAAGCCAUAUCCAUAUUCAUAUCAAUAUCAAUGUCAAUAUCCAUAUCAAUAUCCAUAUCAAUGUCGAUAUCCAUAUCAAUAUCCAUAUCAAUGUCGAUAUCCAUAUUCAUAUCAAUAUCAAUGUCAAUAUGGGUACUCCAAUUUACUUGGUGUUGGCAAACUGAAGGAUAUAGAUUUCGUGCCUGCGGUACUUGAGUGGGAGAUUGUGAAUGCUACCCUCAAACUCCCUACAUCUCCAUAUGUUGACUGUAAAGUCACUAAUAUUACAUCUUCACGAUAUAAUUACUCUGGUCGGAGAUGUUCCUGCAGAUAUGAAGCAGACUAUAAUCCUCCUAAUCCCUACAUUGCUGACGGUUGUCCAGCUGAUUAUGAUGCAUAUCCUCCUCCGAAACCCACCGGAUUAACAAGUCGAGCAAAACAGGCCAUAAUAGGAGUUUCUGCAAGCCUUGGAUCCAUCAUUUUACUCCUUGUUUUAUGGCGAAUGGGUAAAGUUGUAUGGCGAAUUGGUAAAGCUGUAAUAAAAACCAUACUGCAUAAACGCAGAGAAAUGUUCUACAAAAAAAAUGGGGGAUUAUUGUUAGAGCAAAUGUUGUCUUCUGGUGAAGUUAAUGAUGAUAAAGUUAAACUCUUCAGCUUAAAGGACUUAGAGAAGGCCACCGACAACUUUAAUAAGAAUAGGGUACUUGGAAAAGGAGGUCAAGGUACUGUUUACAAAGGCAUGUUACCAGAUGGAAAAAUUACUGCAGUGAAAAAAUUCAAAGUUGAAGGAAAUGUUGAAGAAUUCAUCAAUGAAUUUAUCAUUCUUUCACAAAUUAACCACAGAAACGUCGUCAAGUUGUUAGGAAGUUGCUUGGAGACUGAAAUUCCCUUGCUUGUUUAUGAAUUCAUUCCUAAUGGUAACCUUUUUGAGUAUUUGCAUGGACAAAAUGAGGAUUUUCCAAUGACAUGGGAUAUUCGUUUGAGAAUUGCCACUGAAGUUGCAGGAGCUUUAUUUUACUUACACUUGGCUGCUUCUCGACCUAUUUAUCACAGAGACAUCAAGUCAACAAAUAUACUAUUGGAUGAAAAGUAUAGGGCAAAAGUAGCAGACUUUGGUACAUCAAGAAUGGUUACUAUUGAUGCUACUCACCUCACCACAGUAGUUCAAGGAACAUUUGGAUACUUGGACCCUGAAUAUUUUCAUACUAGUCAAUUUACAGAAAAAAGUGAUGUCUACAGCUUUGGAGUAGUUCUCGUUGAACUCUUAACAGGGAAAAAGCCAAUAUCCCUCCUAAAUCCAGAGGAAGCCAAGAGUUUAGCUUCAUCUUUCAUUCUUUGUUUGGAGGAAAAUCGUCUGUUUGAUAUUGUUGAUGAAAGAGUUGUGAAGGAGGGGGAGAAAGAACAUAUCAUGGCAGUUGCCAAUCUUGCAAGUAGAUGUUUAGAGUUGAAUGGGAAAAAACGACCAACUAUGAAGGAAGUCACAUUGGAAUUAGAAGGAAUUCGAAAAUUGGAAGGGAAGUCUAAUACACAAGAAAGACAUGACGAUAAUGAACUUGAGCAUGUUCCAAUUGGAGACUAUCAAUCUUGGACUGAGUAUUCUACUGCCUCAAAUAUAAGCUCAACUCUUGAUCUAAAUAACAGAACACCAACCUUGGAGGAUAUUCAUAUUCAUACCAUUUAACUAUGAUGUUGCUUUAGAGGAGCAUGACGUUCAUGAUUGAUGUGGAGCUUGUUGAUGGACUUAAGACCAAGAUCCGACCUUUAUUUAGUCUUUGGCUUCAAUUGUUGUUGUAGGGAAACAACUUAGGGAAUAAAUGUCAUCUUUAUGAAUUGUUGUAUUUAUUUUCUUAACGGACCUCUGAGACUUGUUAUAUUUGCUUUGAGAUGUUUUGUUGUAGUGCUCUAAUUCACAAUGCCAUUUAUGCUUUAUGACUUAAUGAUGAUUACUAGAUGGUAUGCGAUGUUUAAUUUUAUUAUGAA